AUCGUCAGUUCUUAGAUGAAAUGAAGAAUAUUUCAACAUGAGAUAAACAAGAGAAGAAAUUAAGUCAAUUUCUAAUCUUAUUAUACACAAAAAAGUUAUUGUACUCUUUCAAUGUCGACCUUAUUCUUAAAAAGAAUCAACUUCAUGAGUAUUGUUAGUUAAUAAGAUUGGAUAUAUUCAGAUCAAAUUAAAACUUUCAGUUGCUAACUAACAAAUUUACAAAAUAGGCUAUUUGUUGGUGUGUCUAGACUAAGAUAUUCGAAUUUUAAGGUAUUUACAAUGUAUAUAACCUACUCACAAAUUAAAAUUUCAGCAGAUUUUUUUUUCGUCAUUUUUAGACAGAGCUUGUCGAAUUUCGUGAGGGUUAUGGGAGGAUGUGGGUGUCGAUAUGACUAAAUAGAAGACACGUAUCCACAUCUACCAUUCGAAAUUUGUCAUUUUAUUUUCGACGAGUCAACUCUCAUAACUAAAAAUGAUUUAUUUGACUGUUGUUUUUUUUUCGUUUUACUUCUAGGCAUCGGAAUCGAUUUGUAUUGGCCAAUAAAUACCUUGUGCUUUUUCUUAGUAACUCUAUGAUUCAUUUACAAACAUUGUGAUUUCGGAGACCAGAUAAUUUUUCUUGGACAUCUUGUAAGUGUAUUUUAAAUGAAAAAUUUAUUAGAACAAAUUAUUUAAAUCUUAUUCAUGGAGCUUCGAAAAAAAACGAAGAUAAAUAAUUCUUGCAUAGAAUUAUUCGCUUGCUUGUUAAAACAUACCAAAAAUCAAAAAAAACAAAGCAAUUUUUCAUUUGAAAAGGUCGAUCAGGUUUGCAUCAGUUUUGCUGCCAUAUUACCAUUGUCACCUUCUUUAUUAAUUAGACACAUGAUAUAUAUUUUCCAUGGAUUCACUUUUUUGCUCAUUCAUUUUUAGUUGGAAUUAUAAUUAAAACAGUGGGUGAAAUAGCUGGUCGUGGAAUGGAUUGCAAAUGUGGUUCAGCUGAAUGUCGUCGUCGAGUUCUCAUCUUUGAUUAA